AUGGACGUGGCAGCCUCCCAGCCCCCGAGCCACCACGGGACCGCGGCGCCAACGCGAUCUUCGCCGCCGAAGCCUACAACGGGCGGUGCCGAGAGCCCGCGAGGGGCACGAGGAGGCGCGAGCGGGGUAAACGGUGGGAGCGGGAGCGGGAGCGGCAACGCCUCCGGCGUUUCGCGGAAGAGGGUACGCGUGAGGGACGAGAAGCUCGGCGAGUUCGCGGUUCUGUUGGCACCAUACGAAGGAGACCACAACGAUAUCUGCGAGAUAUGCGACAAGGGCGGGGACCUCCUGUGCUGCGACUUUUGUAACCUGGUUUACCACUUGUGCUGCGUGACGCCAAAGCUGACCGAGCUUCCGGACGAAGAUCUUUGGAUGUGCCCGGCGUGCACGGCGGAGGUUACCAGCCGUCAGAUCGCUAAGCGGCGGCGACUGGAGGACGGAGGGCGGUCGACGUCGCCGGGUCCGGGAGGGUCGGGUCGACAUCACGGACAAGAGAGGGUCCGAGGCUACCAAGGAGUGAAGGCCGAAAACGACGCGUUCCGAGCCUUUGUGCUGUACAAGAACCAGACCAUGGACAUUGGCCUUUUCCCCACGGCCCAAGCGGCGGCGCGGGCCUACGACCGCAAGGCUCUGAGUCUAUUCGGCGACGCGGCGGUCUGCAACUUCCCAGCGGACGAGCAGGUCGAGGUGGAAGGGGUCGCCACAGAUGGAACCACGGUCAAGGGCGUGGUGCGGAGCUUUCACCAGUGGCGGGCUGAGAUGCAGUGGGGAAACAAGAAGCGGCACCUGGGAUUUUUCGAACGACGUGAGCUUCCUUUGCGCUGA